AUGGAUCAAACGGCCUCUCUCUUGUCCAAGAUGUACGGCUUGGCUACCCGAUUCAACCAUCUACCACCAAACCUCAGACUUUUACUCCAUGCCUACUCUACGACCUCGGCGCAAUAUCCUUUUCCUACGAAAGUAAAUCCCUCACCACACGAAAUCUUUCAUCUUCAACGCGGCGCUUCAGAAGCCACUAUUAAACAACGCUAUAUUGAACUCGUGAAACUGUACCACCCUGACUCACCGUCUUGCCGCGAUGUGCCUCCCAACGAACGACAUCGGCGCUUUCAUCUUGUUGGCGCAGCAUACGACACUCUCCGCGGCAAACCACGGACUGCAUACCCCGAGAAAGACCGCACGGUUUGGGAGGAAAUUGAGCGUCGGAAACGAGCUCAAGCUCGACAUCGGGCGGCAUACCAACAGUCAAGGAGAGGCGCAGAGUAUUCAUAUGGCCACUCAACAAGGGCGGAAUACGCUUAUGCGGAAUGGAAUAAUAAGCCGAUAGAUGGCAGGUGGGUGGACAGAGUGAUCCUCGCAUUCGGAUUCACGGCGUUGAUUGCAGGAGUCUUACCCAUCUUCUUGUAUCCCCGACACCCGAUAGACAAGCUACCUACCUCCGCGUAUAACCUUGCUCAGGCACGCCGCGAGGCUCGUCUCAAGUACGAAGAGCGUCUAAGUAGUGACAAUGACGACAGAUUUAGAUAA